AUGACCGUCAAUAGUAAAAAGCACAGUCGAUCAGACGAUAAUGACGACGAGGAAUAUAUUGACAUGAGUGGGAAGAGAGUUAAACUUCAGAUGAAUGAUCUAUCAAUUGAAGAUAAGCGACCCGUGAAAACACGAAGGUACGAGAUAAAUCCCAAACUACACUUGUUUGACAAUUCAACAAGGUCAUCAUCAUCAUCAUCAUCAUCAUCGUCAUCGGUACCACUUAAAAAUACAUCAUCUUAUACAUCAUCGAACUUAACAUCAAAAUUGAAUGGUAUUCUAGCUGAUCAUUUUCAACAAGUAUUACAUUCUGGAUUACAAGUGAUUAGAUGGUACAAUUAUAGAUUUGUGGUUAUAUAUCGAUACAAGAGAUGGUUUGUGAAACUAUGGAACCGGUUUGUUAAGAAAUACAAUGAAAAGAAUAAAGUAUAUAUUCGUCCCUUUGCAUCAAUGGAACAAAUAUUAAAGCUUAUACAGGAUAAUUUAAUUUCUUGGAAUGAUUUAAGUAAUAUUAUUGCCCAAGAGAAUGAAUUAGAAAUCAAAAGAUUGGCAUUAAAAGAAGAAAUCCGAAAUCUGAAUAAAAAAUUUGAACAAAUCAAUGACGAAAAUGAAGCUUUGAAAGACAUUCAUUAUAAUUAUUGGGACAAUCUAAAUUUCGAUAAAGAUUUAGAUAUGCUUGAUGUAUCUGACGAUGUUGAACUACUAGAUUCUAGAAUACCAUAUGGCAGAGAUGAUUCUUCAAUGGAGUUUUAA